CUACAACAGAAAGUUUGAAGUCUGAAUGACCUUUAAAGGUCAACCGAACUUUCAAUCGAGCCUGUCUCAUAUAUACUUAACGUUCUAUGGAAGAUCAACUACUUUUCGAAAAUCUAGACGAGAAACUAGAGGAUGAAAAUGGAUUUAUUACUGCGAAUUGGUUGUCUAUCACUUUUGACGUGAAUAUAGAUGAAUCCAGACGUGUGAUGGCGUCGUACAUUCGAGCACGUGACAGCUUAUCAUCUGUGUAUUUACUGACUGGGAUCAGUUCACAAGGUGAUAUAUUAGUAAAAAUGGUCAACUCAGAACAGAUUUCACUGGCCGAGAAAUCUUUCUUGUCUCCACCCAAACGUGUUGUGUAUAGCAUACAACGCCAAAAGUGCAAGGAUUCUUUAUCAUUAGCAUGUUAUGAUUUGUUGCAUGAUAUUUCUGAAAGUCAGUUGAAAAGACUAGUCAGUAUUCCAUGGGAACCGUCUAAAAAAUCAUUUCGUGCUCCAUUGUCAUGUCGAGAAAAUCAGGAACAUGUUCAACAGACGACACAGCAAGCUGAAGUAAAGAUUGAAGUCCCUACGCUUCCAAAAGUUGCUACUAUUGGACAUGAUGAAAAAAUCAAAACAUCGAAUCUGAAAAACUUCUUCAACAAAGCCGAGAAACCUGUCCAAAUUGCUCGGAAGGACUUUAAUUUAGAUUCGAAGAAUAAAAUACCACCUAAGCCAACAGAGAACCGAAAACCAAAAGAGGCAGCUAUGACAGAAGAAGAUGAAGAAAUUGGUCCAAAAAAUACACACUUAUCACAAAAACGAAAACGUAUUGUCAUUGAAUCUGAUGAGGAGGAUGAAGAAAAUACGGAAUCUGGAGAUUGUAAAUCCUCUGAGUUAAUCAUUUCAAAAGUAAUUCCAAAACGCAGCAAUAAAUCCGUUCAGAAAACACAAAAUUCUUAUAAGAAAGAUAAAGAAAAAGUAUUGGCUUCUGACUCAGAAGCUGAUUCAUUCGUUGCUGAACCCACAAAGUUAGAAAAAUCACCUAACAAAAUGAAAAAGAUAAACGUAAAAGUUUUAUCAACACCGAAUAAACUUGAAGUAAAUUCUAAAAACUCAGAAAAGUCUACGGAAUUAAUUCGUCCAAACCGUAUACGUCACCAAGUAAUGAAAACGUUUGCAGAUGAAGAUGGCUUUAUGGUUACAGAAAAAGGUUGGGAAAGUGCCUCAGAUGACGAAAUCGUCAAACCAGUAGAGUCCUCCAAAGUUGAUUCAAAUCAGAAUGGAAAAAAUCAACCUAGCUUACAAAUGGAGCCGGAUAAAGCUGUUCUACUAACUGCAUCUCCUACCGUCUUACAAACUCUUAAUAUCCAACUUCUCUUCUCUUAUGUCCUUCCGUGUAUUUUCAUUGCACUCAUAAUCAGUGAUAAAGUUAAAACCGAGUGAUAUCUUGUGCGUUGGGAUUUGUCAAUGAAAGCCAUCGAGAUUUUGGAAAAUACUGUGUUUCAGUGACUACUGCUAUCCGUCUCAAAUUGUUGGUUUUUCGAAAUACUGUCGAUAGGUUACUAAAUUUACGGAUAUUCUUCUUGCUACUUAUAAGUAGUUAGAUGUUCACAACGAUUUUAUGUAACUCAUCACAUCCACCUUUUUGAAGUUUUGAAUCUGAUUUUUCUUUUCACAAGUGUUUGAUAAAAAAAAUUUCUUGUUCUGCUUUAUAGAAACUGGGAAAGCAGUUGAACAAAAAAGUAUGAACAAUAAACCAACAGUAAAACAAGCUUCAUUAUCAUCAUUUUUUAAACCUAAUAUCACUACUACCUAAUUAAUUGAUAAAUAUAUAUUAACAUAUGCUUUGUACAACACCGUAUCGUUGUCAUUUCAUCAAUACAAGAGAUUUAUUUAGAUUAAAA